AUGCCAUGGCCCUUUGGAACUCCCUACCCGCAACGCACAGGCGCCGAGGUUCACGGCCAAACGUAUGAUUAUGUCAUCGUCGGCGCCGGAACAGCCGGCUGCGUGCUCGCGUCGCGGCUGAGCGAGCCGGAUCCCGUGACGGGCCACCGAGCCAGCGUCCUGGUGCUGGAGAAAGGCCAGGCCAGCGACUGGAUCCUGACUCGGAUCCCGCUCGUGUCGCAAAACAUGUUUAUGGACUUUAUGCAGUCCGUACGCGACACCUUUGCCGCCCCGCUGGAUAUCGCCUACGGCAAGCGCCUCAGGUUGUGGGCCGCCGAGGGCAUCGGCGGCUCGUCCCGCGUCAACGCCAUGCUGCACACCAGAGGCUCCCCGGGGGCUUAUGUGGAAUGGGCCGACGGUAUGGGACUGUCUGAUUGGAAUUGGGACAAGGUCGAACCGUACUUUAACAAAAUGGAGACUGUCAUUGACCGUCCUGAUGAUCCGUCAAGAGGUCAUACUGGCCCCAUCCCUCUGCGUCAGAUGGAGCAUAGUUUCCGCUUCUAUCCCUACCUCGAAAAAGUCUUCAACGGCCUGGGCCUUCCCACAACACAUGACCCAAACUCACCCAAGGCACCGGCACAGUGCUAUAAACACCUCGAGGUGGCCAUCGACCCCAAGAGUAGACGAGCCACCGCCUUCCGGGGCUACCUGAACAAAUCCAUCGCACUGGAGCGGCAGGAGAACCUGACCAUCUGCACCGGCGUGAGUGCUUCCAAGCUCGACCUCGACGCGGAAGCAGGACAGGUCAAGGGUGUUUACUUCCGCCCAGCCAACAAGACAAAACCUAGCAGCUCUCAAGACCAGCAGCAGCAGAAGACGACAACGGCAAAGACGGAAUUCUACGUCAAAGCCCGCCGCGAAGUCAUCGUCUGCAAUGGAACCCUCAAGACACCCCAGCUCCUGCUGCUCAGCGGCAUCGGACCAAAGUCCCAUCUAGAAAAGGUCGGCAUUCCCGUGGCCAAGGAUCUCCCCGCCGUCGGCCAGAACCUAGCGGACCACAUCUGCUUCCCUGUGCAGGCCAAGGUCGCCAUGACCGAGUCCCUUCGCCAGGCCGAACACUGGUUCUGGGCCCUGUGGGGCAUCUUGAUGUACUUUGUCUUCAACCGCGGAAUAUUCGCAACCUCCAGCACCAACUACGCCGCGUUCCUCCGCACCACCACCGUCGACAGGGAGACCAUGACGGUCAAGACCAGCCCGGAGAACAUGGACGCCAUGGACCCCGCCAACACCCCGGACCUCGAGCUCAUGGUCAACGCCAUCAACUGCCUCGAGAACCCCAUGCCAGGCUACCCACCCAUGCUGGCGAUGCACACGGCGCUCCUCCAACCCCACUCCCAGGGCUCGCUCGAGCUCACCUCGGCCGACCCGGACGCGCACCCCAACAUAACCUACCCGUUCCUCGACGACCCGCGCGACGUUAGCACGGCCCGGACCGCGAUCCGCUUCUCCAUGCGCGUCCUGCACGGGCUCGCGACCAGCGGCUACCCACUCCCCUGCGCGCUCGUCAUCGCCCCGGGCGUCAACACGGAGCUGAUCCAGCCCUCGCCGGGCCACACGCUAUCGACGGACGGCAGCAAGCGGCUCGUGUUCAACGCCGUGUUCCGCGAGCCGGUGCCGCAGUUUGUGCGCGACUGCGACCGCGAGCACGGCCACGUCGAGCUGCGCGACGCCCGCGACGGCUGGCGCUCCGUGACGGACGCCGAGGUCGACGAGUUCGCCCGCCUCGUCGGCUCGUCGGGCGCCCACCUCACCUCGACCUGCCGCAUGGACAACGACCCGCGCAGGGGCGUGGUCGAUCAGCAGCUCCGCGUUCAUGGCUUUUCCAACCUUCGCGUCGCCGACGCGAGCGUCUUCCCCAAGAUCCCCGCUUGUCAUACCAUGGCGCCUGUGCUGAUGGUCGGGGAGCGGUGUGCGGAUAUGGUCAAGGAUGCUUGGAGGGAUAGGAAGGAGAGGUGA